AUGGGGAGCCGCAUCAACAAGGCCUGCGAUGGCUGCCGCGUCCGCAAGGUCAAGUGCAGCGGCAGUCAGCCCUGCUCACAAUGUGCCCAUCUCGACCUGCCCUGCCAGUUCUCGCCACCCACGGGCAAGAGGAAGCCUGGCGUGAGGAAUAGGCUGGUCGAGCAGCUUCGAGGGGGGACCCAGCCUCCCGUGAUGAUGGCAACACCACAGCAGCAGCAGCAGCAGCAGCAGCAGCAGCAGCAGCAGCAGCAGUCUGGGCAUCACUAUUCGCAGCAUGCCCAGUCUCAUUACCAGCAACGAGCACCGGCACCGGCACCGGCACCGGCCCAAUCUCACCACCAGCCGCACCAGCACCAGCCGCCAUCAAUGAGUCCGCCCUCUGUGACCUCGGUCGCUGGAAUCAUCAACGCGCCUUCACCGGCAAGCAGCACCGGGACAACCGUCGAGUACACGCCCGCUUUCUUCCAGCGUCUCCUCCCGGACUAUGAGUCGGCUGUCUACCCACUCAGCCCCAUCAUCACGACCGAUGAGAUGCGCGCUGCCAUUGACACAAUGGGCUCCUCCCACGAGGAUGCAGCGCUCGUCUACGGCUUCGCCGCCGUCACAAUCAACCUCACACAGAUAUCAUGGACGACGCUCAACGGGGACGUCGCGUCGCAGAUGACGGACCUGAUCCAGCGCUGCCUGGCGGCCCAUCGGCUGGCCGACCUGGGCGGCGUCACGCGACGCCACGGCAUGACCAACAUUGCCGAGCUGCCCGUCACCGUCAAGCGCGUCAUGACAUGCAUAUUCAUGGAGAUCAGCAUGAUGGCCUUUCGCCUGUUCGAGCGCAGCUUUGCCAUCCUGCGUGAGGCCAUCGCCCUCAUGCAAACCAUGAAGAUCUCCCGUAUCAAGGAUCUCCCCAACCACGAGCUCGCCCGCCGCCAACGGCUGUACUGGGAAUGCUUCAUCCACGAAAAGUUCGUCACCAUCAUGAGCGGGUGCCCCAGCAUCCUCCCGCCGCUCAGCACGGGUCUCUCGCUCGAUGACGGGAGCAUACCCGCCCACGUGGACUGCGGCUUCAAGCGGCUCAUGACCCUCUUCGCGGCCAUGGAUGAUUCCUUCCUGCAGCACUGGACGGCGCAGCAGGAGUCCUGGCAUACCGAUGUCGAGCCCAUGACCGCCGAGUGGGUGGAGAGGAAACAAGCCCAGCUCGACGCGCACGAGGUCGAGACCGCACAAGCCGAAGAGGAACUGCGGAUGCGAGGGCAGGGGGGCCUGACGGAGCUGCAGCACGCCGACAUCUUCGUGACGCGCCUGUGGCUGCGUACGCUCAUCUGGCAGCUGGCCCUGUCGCAGGGUCUGCUGCGCAGCGCGCCGCCGGACACGAGCCACCAGGGUCUGUCCCUGCACUUCCCCGCCCACCGCCUGUCGUCCCAGCUGCGGUCGCUCGUGUCCAAGCUGUCGACUUUUGCCAGUGUCGGCCGGCACGGCAGCGGGAUUCUCCAGAAGCUGUUUGAGAUCACCACGACGGUCGCGGACGUGCUCGCCAUUCCGCCGGGAAACACGGCGAGUCAGGAGGAUGUCAAGAGUCGGAUGGAGGAUUUCAUCUUUGUCGUCGGGUUUCUGUUUCGGUUUGAGCGCAUCUCGCCCGAGGAGAGGGCGUAUAUGCGUGAGAAGAUGGAGGUCCUGCGGCAGUUGUACACGGUUGUUGACUUUGGCAGCUUGGCGGUGGGGUCUGCUUGA